AUGUCCAACGGAAGCGCCCAGAAUGGCGCGACAUCCGCUUCCGCUCAGCCGUCUGUCGACUCCCGCUCCGCCAAGGACGGCACCCGCGUCGUUGGCCUUGACCCUUGGCUUGAGCCAUUCGCACCCGCCCUGCGCAGCCGCUACGCCUCGUACCUCAAAUGGGUCGACACGAUCAACAGAACCGAGGGUGGCAUCGAGAAGUUUGCGCAAGGGUACAAGCAAUACGGCCUGCAGGUGGAUCCGAAGACACAGGCAGUCACCUAUCGAGAGUGGGCAGCCGGCGCGGUGCAGGCAAGCUUGAUUGGCGAUUUUAACGGGUGGGACCACGAGAAGAAUCCUAUGAAGAGGAAUGAAUUUGGCAUGUGGGAGUGCUUAGUGCCGCCCAAGGAAGGUGGCGUAUGUGCCAUCCCGCAUAACAGCAAAGUCAAGAUCAGCAUGACCACACCUUCUGGCGAGCGAAUCGACCGUCUGCCGGCAUGGAUCAACCGCGUCGUACAAGACCUGUCCGUAUCACCAUUGUACGACGCUGUAUUCUGGAAUCCACCCGCGUCGCAACGGUACACACCCAAGCAUCCACGACCGCCCAAGCCUCAGGGAAUCAAGAUCUACGAAGCGCACGUUGGUAUCGCCACACCCGAGCAGCGCGUCGGGACAUAUACCGAAUUCACACGCAACGUGCUGCCGCGCAUCAAGGAGCUCGGCUACAAUGCCAUUCAGCUGAUGGCCAUCCAGGAGCACGCGUAUUAUGCUUCCUUUGGCUACCAGGUCACAAGCUUCUUUGCGCCCAGCAGUCGGUAUGGCACACCCGACGAGCUCAAGGAGCUCAUCGACACGGCACACGGCAUGGGCAUCACUGUGUUGCUCGAUAUUGUCCACUCGCACGCGUGCAAGAAUGUGCUUGACGGCCUCAACAUGUUCGACGGUACCGAUCACCUCUACUUCCACGAGGGCGGCAAGGGACGGCAUGACCUAUGGGACUCGAGGCUAUUCAAUUACGGUCAUCAUGAGGUCCUGCGCUUUUUGUUGAGCAACUGCAGGUAUUGGCUCGACGAGUUUGGGUUCGACGGGUUCAGGUUCGACGGCGUCACGAGUAUGCUUUAUGUCCACCAUGGAAUUGGCACAGGCUUCUCGGGCGGGUACCACGAGUACUUUGGCGACCAGGUGGACAACGAGGCUGUCAACUACCUGCAGCUCGCCAACGACCUCAUUCACAGGCUUUAUCCGCAGACCGCCAUCACAAUCGCCGAGGACGUGAGCGGCAUGCCGGCGCUCUGCCGCCCCGUCGCCGAGGGUGGCGUCGGCUUCGACUAUCGCCUGAGCAUGGCUGUUCCUGACAUGUGGAUCAAACUACUCAAGGAGAAACGCGAUGAGGAUUGGGACUUUGGCAAUAUCUGCUUCACGCUCACAAAUCGCAGACACCUCGAAAAUAGCAUUGCGUACGCCGAGUCGCACGACCAAGCGCUCGUUGGCGAUAAGACAAUUGCGUUCUGGCUGAUGGACAAGGAGAUGUACACGAACAUGUCCGACAUGACGGACCGUACGCCAAUCAUCGAUCGCGGUCUGGCGCUGCACAAGAUGAUACGCUUCCUCACUCACGCCCUUGGCGGCGAAGGGUACCUCAACUUUAUCGGCAACGAGUUUGGCCACCCCGAGUGGCUUGAUUUCCCGCGCGAAGGAAACAGCAAUAGCUUCUUGCACGCCAGGCGGCAGUUUAACCUUGUGGAUGAUAAGCUGCUGAGGUACAAGUACUUGUACGAUUGGGAUGGCGCGAUGAACCAGCUCGAAGCGCAGUACAAGUGGCUCAGCGCUCCACAGGCGUACAUUUCCCUUAAACACGAAAGCGACCGCGUCAUCGUCUUUGAGCGCGGCAAUCUGCUCUUCAUCUUCAACUUCCACGCCACCAACUCGUACACCGAUUACCGUAUCGGCACGGCCUGGCCCGGCGAGUACUCAAUCGCGCUCGACAGCGACGAGGCACGCUUUGGUGGGCACGCGCGCGUCGACCACUCGACGAAGUUCUUCUCCUCACCGAUGGAGUGGAACGGCCGCCCGAACUUCUUGCAGGUCUACUUGCCCACGCGAACCGCGAUCGUCUUGAAGCAUUGA